AUGGAUUUGAGAGUAGCAGAUAGUUUGGUCGAUGCAUUGAAGCAAAGUCGGUACCAUGCAAAGAGAUGUUUUGAGCGGUUUACUGCUCAUGGACAAAGACUAGUGAAACCACAGGAAUUGAUCUAUGCAAUCGAAAAAACGAUAGAUGACAAGCAAGAAAGGACAAAGGUUUUAGAGGGUUCACUGGGGCAAACAUUGAGUUCGACACAGGAGGCAGUGGUGAUUCCACCGUACGUUAUAUUAGGGGUAAGGGGAAGUCCAGGACGACGGGAGUAUCUACAGGUGAAUGUCGACGAUCUUUCAGUUCAACCGAUUACACCUCCACAGUAUUUGAAAUUCAAAGAAUCCCUCUACGAUAACGAGUGGGUGAAGGAUGAAAAUGCAAUCGAAGUGGAUUUAGGAGCCUUCGAUUUUGGCAUGCCUCAUCUAACCCUCACUUCCUCUAUCGGCAAUGGGCUCGACUACAUUUCAAAGUUCACGACUUCAAGGCUCGGCGGCCGUCUAGAGAACGCGAAGCCAUUGCUUGACCACUUGCUAACCCUAAAUCAUCAUGGAGAGAAGCUUAUGAUCAAUGAGACAUUGGAUACGGUUUCUAAGCUCCAGAAAGCAUUGAUUGUUGCCGAUGUCUACUUAUCGGCGCACCCGAGAAACGAGCAAUUUCGUUCCUUUGAGCAGAAGCUUAAAGAGUGGGGAUUCGAGAAAGGAUGGGGAGAUACCGCUGAAAGAGUCCAGGAAACAAUGAAGAUCCUUUCAGAGAUUCUUCAAGCUCCGGAUCCAAUUAGCAUGGAAUCGUUCUUUGGCAGACUCCCGGUUAUAUUCAAUAUUGUCAUAUUCUCCAUUCACGGCUACUUUGGACAAUCGGACGUUCUUGGAUUGCCCGAUACCGGAGGCCAGGUUGUUUACAUUCUUGAUCAAGUGAAAGCACUUGAGGAAGAGAUCAUUCGCCGAAUAAAGCAGCAAGGACUGAAUGCGAAGCCUCGGAUUCUCGUGGUUAGUAGACUGAUUCCCGAUGCACAAGGAACCAAGUGUAACGAGGAGAUGGAGCCGAUCUUGAACACUAUGCAUUCCCACAUCCUCCGGGUUCCUUUUCGAACUUCAAAAGGCGUUCUUCGGCAAUGGGUUUCCCGUUUCGACAUCUACCCGUACCUUGAACAAUUUGCACAGGAUGCUGCAUCUAAGGUGGUAGAAGUGAUGGAAGGCAAACCAGAUCUUAUACUUGGAAACUACACAGAUGGGAACAUUGUGGCAUCUCUUAUGGCUAAAAAACUUGGAGUAACACAGGGAACGAUUGCACACGCGUUGGAGAAGACCAAGUACGAAGAUUCGGACGUCAACUGGAAAAAAUUCGACAAAAAGUAUCAUUUUUCAUGCCAAUUCACAGCGGAUUUGAUAUCGAUGAACGCUGCGGAUUUCAUCAUCACAAGCACUUUCCAAGAAAUUGCAGGAAGUAAACAAAGGCCUGGACAGUAUGAGAGUCAUGCCACUUUUACGAUGCCCGGACUUUGUAGAGUUGUGUCGGGAAUCAAUGUGUUCGAUCCAAAGUUCAACAUAGCAUCGCCUGGAGCAGAACAAUCGGUUUAUUUCCCAUUCACUGAAAAGGAAAAGCGAUUAACGUCCUUUCAUCCUGAAAUCAAAGAACUGCUUUUCAAAAAAGAAGAUAACGACGAGCAUAUGGGAUAUCUGGCGGACCGAACCAAGCCGAUAAUCUUCUCAAUGGCGAGGCUUGAUACAGUAAAGAACAUAACGGGAUUAGUCGAGUGGUAUGGGAAGAACAAAAGGCUCAGAAGUCUAGUAAACUUGGUUGUGGUCGCAGGGUUCUUUGAUCCAUCUAAAUCUAAAGAUCGGGAAGAGAUGGCGGAAAUCAAGAAGAUGCACGAAUUGAUCGAGAAGUACAAACUUAAGGGUCAGAUCAGAUGGAUAGCGGCCCAAACCGAUAGGAAUCGCAAUGGAGAACUAUAUCGUUGUAUAGCUGAUACGAGGGGGGCUUUUGUGCAGCCCGCAUUGUAUGAAGCUUUCGGGUUGACAGUUAUCGAAGCAAUGAACUGUGGGCUCCCAACUUUUGUAACAAACCAAGGCGGGCCAGCAGAGAUCGUAGUUGACGGGGUUUCUGGAUAUCACAUUGAUCCAAACAACGGAGAUGAAUCAAGCAACAAGAUUGCCGAUUUCUUUACAAAGUGCAAAGUAGAGGAAGAGUUUUGGGAUCGGGUGUCUCGAGCUGGCCUUCAACGCAUUUACGAGUGCUACACAUGGGAAAUCUAUGCCAAAAAAGCGUUGAACAUGGGUGCGAUGUACGGCUUUUGGAGGCAAAUAAACAAAGAGAAUAAGCAAGCGAAGCAGAGAUACAUUGACCUCUUGUAUGAUCUACAGUUCAAGAAGUUGGUAAACGCCAUAGAAAUCCCAGAUGGUGCGACUACUAAACCUCAAGAACAGGUCCGAACCAAACCAGCAAAAUUAACACAACUGACAACAACCAGUGAAACUGCCAAACCUCCAACUGUGGUACCUCAAGAACCGGUGCAAGCCGUGGAACCAAAAGAAACACGGCCACCACAGACCAUGUUGACCAAGCCUGAUGAGCCAACACCAAGCAGGGAGCCAAGUUUAGGGUCGAUCCGACUCAACACAGUGACCACUGCAGGAAAACCGUUGCUUGUUAUUGUCUCUGUGAUGAUCAUGGUCUAUGCAUCUAAGAAUCUGUAUAGGUAUUUCAAAUAGGGAAUUGUGGUUGCAUAAUGUAAAUGUGAUAAUAAGGUGACAUAGAUUGGUAACCAUUACCGUUCAAAGAGUUUAUAAAUAAAACAAGAAAGUUUCUAA